AACAAUACAAAUUGAAAGACAGUUGUUUUGCCGGCAAAAAAUCGCCGAAAUAUAUUAAGAGAUGGAGACUAGUGUUAUAUGUGUGACUGAAAUGGAUACAGACAACUGUCAGAGAGAGGAAAUUAAGGCUGGUGGGAUACUGGAAGCAGGAUGUGUUUACUUGAUAAUGAGGGAAGGCUGUCAUGUAUCCCUAAGUUCUAGAACAGAAUGGUUACUGGAACAUCUAAACAAAACAGUUUCCAUCGAAGAAACGCAGACUGAAGAGCAAGAGCUCAUAGUCAGAUCUAUCGUGCCAUAUGAACCCCCACCAAACUGUAAUUAUGAAGCUAGUCAUUAUUAUAAAUAUCUCAUCACACAACAGUCAAAAGUAGUUUUCCUGUCUCACAAGUACCGUAUAGUUUAUUGUUUAGACAUGAGUCCCUCAUUGUCUGCAGUGGAUAUUCAAAGAGGUGAAGUUAUGAUAGAUGAGAUGUUUGUUUCUUUGAAACAUAGUUUGGAAGGACUAACAAAACCAUGUUGUAUUCCUGGCUCAUCUGUGGAAUUUAGGCCACAGAUUUAUGUUACAGUAAUAGCUCAUACUCCAUUCUUCACCACACCAGCUCAGCAGGUGCUGGUUCAAGGCUGGGAAAUUACUGAAGAAAAUUUAGAAAUAUUUCUUAAAACUGUUCAACAGCAGCUUCUGGAGCUAGAAAACAUUGUGGCCGAAGUAGCGGGUAUUGCAUAUGAAAGAGUGGAAACAAUUAGAGCUGAAUCUGAAAAACUUGUUGGGGGACUGUUUGAGGAAAGCAGUGAAAUGAUGCAGCCACCAACUGCUCACAUUCCUAUGGUUAGUCCAGAUUUGGGAUUUAUCAACAUGUUACGUUAUGCCAUAUUGGCACUAAGGCUACUUCCUGACUCCAAUUCUUCAAAUAUUGUCAUUCUUACGGAUGGAAUUAUAGCAGUACCUGAUGCACAUGUCUUUGAUUCUCUCAUGAAUCAGCUACGUGCAAAUACAAUACAAUGUUCUUUUCUUCAUGUGGGAUCAUUGUUCCAUCCAGAGUGUUGUACAGGAAUGGUUCCUGAUGUGGACAUUAUGAGAUUUAUUGCAGAAGCUACACACGGUGUUUGUAUGAACAAUGUAUCUGAUUAUGAAAUAAACACAGCAGCCUGUAUGAAUGUCUACCAUAAUGCAUUUUUGACAUGGAGCUUUUACACAACUUUUCCUUCUGUGCCAUCAAAUUACCACUCAUCUCAUGGAAAUGUGCUCAUCUGGAAUACAAGACCUUACUCUUUUCGUGGGACUGAAGAACCACAGUUACUGCGUAAAAACCAAAUGGAAGACAAUUUGAAUUUGAGCUUAUCAGCAAUUAUUUGCUGUCGCCAAAAGGAAGGAUUUUCUAUUAGGGCAAUUAACAUCUGUGAAAGUCAUUUGGAGAUACAUCUUGUUCUUCCAUGGAAAAACUAUAUUUAUCUUGAGUACGUCCUCACUACUCAGUGGCCUAUUAGUCCAGUUACGAGCACACCUAUACAUUAUCGCAUUAACAUUGAAGCACCAUAUGAAUUCCUACAUGAUGUCACAUGCCUUGUUAAGAAGGAGUUUAAAUCUCCAUAUCGACAAGCUGUAGUAUCAAGAUUUUGGGCCACGUUCAAAAGUUUGGGAGUGUCUGAUCAAAUAUUAGUUCAUCUUAACACUUUCCUCAGUAAUUCUACUGCAUAUGUAGUGCCUGAGAGCAUACGCAGUGGUAUGCCUGUAUUUUAUCUUCCACCGAAUUCGUGCAGCCCUUCUUUAACUUCUAGUGAUAUGACCAGCCCACAGUUUUGGCAGUACUGGCGACAGAUUGUUUUGAUGGAUCCAAAUUCAUGGCAUAAGUGGCUGUAUACAAGAACUGUUAGUUUGAUAUUGCAACAUGACCAUCCAUUGCCAAAACACCUGCAUCUGGCAAAUACAAGUGGUCGCUUUCAGGUCAUUCAGUGUCGUCAGGCCGCUGCAGCACUUUACGCUCUUCUCAAAGACUGGAGCACCUUUGUACUGAUUGAGAAUCAAGCGUAUGUUAAGCUCAUCCCAGGUGAUUUAGAGAAGCCCCCUCAGUCUUUUGUUGCUCUAAAGGUUGCCUCAAAAGCUCCGUGUGUAGUGCUCCAUUUAGCUUUUCUUGAGGGUACACCAUCAAUGAUACGACAACAGAUUGUAGGUCAACUGAGAGACCAGGUAGCUCAUCUCACAUUUCCUCAGAGGCCUUCUACUAAGGAUGUACUGCCAAGAAAAGUUUCUGUGACUCAGAAUUUACAACAGCAUUCGCCAGUUACUAGGACUUGGUCAGAAAUAAAGUGCUGUUCCCUACUACGUAAGCCGGUUGAAAAAAUUUUGAUCAGGUAUGAACGUGUUCCACCAGAUUUCAGCACUGUUGUUUUCCCUGAUGGAACACAACCUGCAACUUCAGGAAAGCAAUUACUCUACAACAUGGCAGGUGCUAAUGCAGGAGGGCUGCUUACAACUUUAUCCAGAUACUUACAUCACCGCCGCUGGCUCUGGUCAACACAAUCUGGACCUAAUUCAUCUAUUGGGAUACCAGCUAUUGCAAGAAUUCUUUCAACUAUAACAAAAAUGAGGCUUCAGGAAGGCUUCACUUUUGCUCAUUCAUCUGCUGGGAUUAUUAAUAUGGUUCUUGAGGUUGAGAUGAAGUUGCCAAGCAUCAAGGAUAAAGAUGAAGAUGAUGAGGAUUGCAUCCAGCCGUGUGUAAUCCAGUAUGUUCUCUUCCCACCUCAUACAACGUCAAUGAGCAACAAGGAAAGUAAUUCUGAAGAGGGCACAGAAGAAAUUAUAACAGAUGCUGAUGCUGAUACAGAAGGAGAGCUGCAGAUAAUUGCAGAGUGCUGGAUAGAGCCACAGCAUGGCGUUGUUAUUAACAGCCCACCAGAAAGGUCUUACAUGAAUAAUCUCCCCUAUCACAAAUUGGCAGAUGCGAUAUGCAGUGUUGAUUAUGAGUGUAUCUCUUGCCUGCUUACAUUUGAACACCUAAGUCUGAUGUGCAAAGGUGAUCAAGUGUCAUCCCCUAUUAGAUCAUUAGCUGAUGGCCAGACUGUUAAUAAUCCUUACCAAAGGGUAAUUGACUACUUGAAGAACUGUGACAGUUCUGAAAUACAAGCAGCAACAUUUUUUGAAGAGAGAAUAAACCACAUACCAUUUCCAUUUAACCUGAUGCAUGUAUUGCCAAAAUGUCAGCAGGCUGAAUUAUUGCUGUCUACAUUUAUACAAGAUCUCAGUGGUAAUGCUUACAUGGAGAAAAGGAACUCUUCAUCAUCAUCUACUCUUCCAGAAGAUGGGCCAAAUAAUUUGCUUCUUGAUGCUUUGUAUGAGCAUCUGAAAAAGCUUCACAAUAAAGAACUAAACCUGAGUGAUGAUGACUGUGCGAAGUUUCAACAACUGUUAAUAGCAAGACAGAGGGAAGGAAGCACUUAUCCAUUACCAGUUCCUUGCAGUGAUGCAGAUGAUUCUGAUGGAAUACCCAUUCCAAAGUGGAGAUGUUUUCUGAAAGGGAUAAGUGUUACACAUGUAAUGCUGACAUUUGUGCCGGCUACAUACAUGGACCUGAAAAAUCUCAUGCUUUCAGGAGAUAUUUGGAUGACCAAAGACACCUUGGCGGUAAACAUCUGGAACAAUGUAGAUGAAAAUUUACAUUUGGAACUUGCCAGUAUUUCAAAUAGUGAACAAAGGGUUAAUGAGAAAGGAGCCAUAUAUUCAAGUUUGGACAGGCUUAGCUCACUUGUAGAUAUUCCGCAAAAAGUAGCUGGUGGCUCCUCGGUCACAGCAACUACUCCAGCAUCUUCAUUGUCUCGUAGGUCAUCAUGUGAUGCUUCACAAAUCCAUGGCAAUAUAGCUCAUUUAAAACUUCAGGCUAGUGGAGAGUCAUCUUGUGACUUUCUCAAUGAAACACCGUUUCGUAUACGAGCUAGUUCUCUGGAUGCAGUAACAAAGCGAACAGUACGUGACAUACCAUAUAAACUCUUCUUAAAAACAGGAUCACUUACUGAAGAUCUUGCUGCCACUGAUGAUUCGGUGCUAAGGAAUAAGCAUUCUGGUGGAGAGAACAGCAGUAGCUCAAAGAUGGGUGUUUCAUAUCAACAGAAAACAUUAUUGCAUAAGGCUGAUGAGAUACCAUUGCUAAAAAGAAAACCAUCAUCUAAUUCAACUAGUGAAAAGAAUCGGAGUAGUGCUGAGGAGCGAAAACCUGUAUAUGGUUCAGUUACAUUGCCAGUCUAUAUGUAUGACUGCUCACUCUCUGUUUUAAUGGAAGCUCUAGUGUAUAAAGAUUCUGCUAAUAAAGCAGUUAAAGAUAUUUACGAUGAUCAGAGGCGUAAAAUUGAAGCUGAACUGUCAAGUGACUAUCUUCCAAACUGUGAAUUUGAUAUAAAGAGCAAGAAAACAGAUGAAACUGUUUACAAACACUCCAAUUCAGAAUCAAAAUCUGAAGACUCCGAUUCUACUUUAGACAGGCCUACUCUAAAACAGCACUGCAAAUUAAUUAGUUUGGCAUUCUAUAGAUGCUAUGUUUACACAGUAUUUAAAUCAUUGCGGCAGAGUUAUGUUAUGCAUGGAGCAGAUAUUCAGGCUGCAGUUGCUGAAUGUGAAGAAAAUUUGAUUGAGAUUAAUAUCACAAGUUUCUUGAUGACUGCAUGUGGUCACCUCAAGGACAUUCAAAUGAACAGUCAGAAAGAUGUGAACGUUGUGGAAAUAGUAUCAAACACUGACAGUGAUGAAAAGAAACAGCCAAAACCAGAUGCAUUAUGUGAUACAAAUAAAGAUGAAACAUCUGCAGAACAACUUCAGGAAGCAACUGAAACACUUAAAUUAGAAACAAGAGUAGAAAAUGUUUUAAUGCUGCCAUUGUCAAAACUACAGGAGUCCGUAAUAUGCAAAGAACUGAAACAGUUGCAUAAUAUGAUCAAACAAAAAUUUAAGAACAUUUUGAGGGUGUAUUUCAAACCUGUUCCCUCACACCAGGAGUAUUACUUUUGUGAUCCAGACUGGGAAAAGAUACAUAUGGAUAUGGGCUCAUAUGACAUUGAAAUUGAAGGAGAGAUCAGAAAAACUGAAACUGGAGAUGCUGCAGAUGUUGAGACUUUCAAUUCAGAGUUGGUGGAAUUUCAGCCACAGCACUGUGGAAUACCGGGUGAACUAACGGAGUGCUUGGAAAAUACAGAUGCAGACAUAAAUGUCAGUGGCCUACAGGUAACGUUGGAUGUGUUUUGCCUAACUUUGCCACCCACUGUGGAAUUUGUUACUUCAGAGAAGACAUUAACUGAAAUGAGAAGUACCUCAUUCUGCAGUUCAUCUCCAGUGCCAACAGAUGGAACUAAUUCACCUGUCAGAUCUACACGCAGCAGUCUUACAUCAAAUCAUCAGUAUGUUUCGGGGUCUGCAGCUGACUUUUUGCAGCAUCUUCCAGAUUAUCAACAUAAAGCUGUUGCAACAUCUGUUGAAGAGAUUGAAUGGUUGCUGCGUGAUUGGAGAGCAACAUUCCUGCUCGAUGUAUUUCCUAUUCGAGAGGAGACUUUGGAGUUUGUUGCAAAGCAUGUGGGAAGUUCACUCGGUCGUUCAAGUUGUUUGCUUGAAAAAGUUCCUUUACAGUUUGUCUUUGGGCCAAGUCAAAGUCUUGAGAGAUUCAUUCAGGAAUUCAGCAAUUUAGCAGUUAGUGGUUAUCAUCUUAUACAACUUGGACAGUUUUAUUAUCUUGUCAAAAAUAAGACUCGGUCAUCAAGGAGAAACAGUUCUUUAAUUCCAACUGUAGGAAACAAAGUCUCGUAUCAACCACACAUGACCGACUGUGCUGAGCUGUAUGCAGAACCUCGAGAAAGGCUUACAGAUAGAGAGUCAAGUGCAGAGAAUGGAAUACCUGAGAGUGUAACUAACACAACCAUGGAAACUUUGGCCAGUGAAGACAAUAUUUCUGCUGUAAAAAGUCUUUGGAAAAUACAAGACAUAAGUAGUAGGAGGAAAACACAGCUAGAAGACAGUGAUUCUGAUGAAGACUCAGAGUGCCAGAAACAGCGCAGAAAGGAAAAGAAAACUGCCCAGAGUAAAGGAAAAGUAGAACAGUGGGCUUGUUCAGCUGCAGCAGAACAUGAGAGACUGUCACUCUCAGCUUCACCAUCCCUCCCUCUUACAGGCCAGGAUAAUGAAAACAGACCCAAUUCAUCAGUAGUCAGAAGCCAGAGUUGUGAAGUUGUACAGUGUGGUGGAGAAGAAUUAAAUCAAGAUGCAGAAGCUGAAACAGUGAUUCCUCCUUUGAACUAUCUACAGUGGAGUAAAAAACAACUAGCUUCUGAGUACAGAAGUGAAGUGUCAAGUCUUGUUGAGAGUGGCCAAGGAACAGAAGAUGGUUAUGAGGGAGACAGCAGUGACUCAGCUGACGAAUGUGAUUGGCUUCAAGAUAUGGAAACACGCAGGCCAUCACUUCCUAACUUCUGGUUAAUUAUGAAAGUAAAUGAAGAUGCUGUAAUUACAUACUUUCAUUGCAGAUUUAACGAGAUGGAGAAUGAUAAAGUUAGAGCUUACAGAGAUGUUCAGCGGAAUAUGAUCAAAAAUAUUAAGGACUUAUGUAAACUUGUAAAUCAGACAAUGUUGCUACAAAAUUUACAUGACACGCGAAUGUGUGAUCAGCUUUUGGAACCAGAAACUAGUGAAGAUAUAUGGCCUUCAUCAGCAGAACUUUCUCAAUCAUCUAGUCAUCCUGUCAGUCGUUUGAAGUCUACUGAUGAUGGAACAGACAAUGAAUAUCAGUCAAAUUAUUUAGAUGCAACAACAAAAUUUAUGCCUGGAUGGUUUGCAUGUAAUGUUGUUUGGGAAACUUAUUUUUCCCUCCAUCCUCGGUUGAAGACAGGCCCAGGAAAGCCUGCUUUGUCUCGUGGCAUCCAAGCUCUGCGUUCUGUUCUGAACCGCUUUUCAGUUAAUAAUCGCAAAAAUAUGUUUGUUUAUCAGGAUCAUACAGGAAAUGUGUUUUAUUUGAGGUUACAUGAAAAUGUGCAUUUAUCUUGCAAGCUUGGUCUCACUGGACCUCCUAAAUCAGACACUGAUGAUAAUUCACCCGGGCCUGUAUCAAGAAGCUCAUCAUUGACCUCAUUAAACAUUUCAACCAGAAAGCAGCCCAGUUUCGUUUCAGAAGAUGGUCUCAGUAGUCAAGCAGAGGAAAUAGCUAGGAGAAAAUCAUUUGGGGAAAGAGAUGCACCUGCUGUGCCUAAUGGUUCUGGCUCCAAUGAUGGUGUAGUAGCCUGUGCCACACCACAACCACCAGCUGUGAAGCCUGAUGAUGUUAUAUUUUUAAAAGUUCAUGGUAUUUCUGAAGCAGGUCCAGAAAUAAAAGAAGAACUCAUCCAAGUUCUUCAAAACCGUUUGGAUGAUGCAAUAUUGGAAGUUCUUUCUGUGAUGCUAGCAAGGAAUCCAAUGUGCAAACUUACACCUGAAGAUGUGCAUUUUAUACAAAAACCCGAUAAAUAUCCAGAAUCAAUAGUGAAGUUUAGUGUACCAAAACAUGCACUGGAACAUAUUCAGGCAUUGGAGUACUAUCUACGCCAGAAUAUACUGCAGUUUUUGUACACUCCAAAGUACACAGAUCCACGCCCUGAAUACCAUUUUCAGGAUUACUCGCAGCCAGAAACAUCAGAGAAACGAGUACCUGAAACUGAUAUAUUCCUAUACAACCAGAGCCCUGCAUCUGGAAAUAAGGGAAUUGCAUGUAUUGCAAUAGCAGUGGUAGACCAUUCUGGUUUUCUCUUACAUCAUUCAAGGUACCCAAAACCAUCAAGAGAUGCAUACAGUCAAGAAGUAAAUCCCGAAGACUUUGAUUCACUGACAUGUGUGUUACCCAGCUAUGAAGAGAAUUCUGAUGAUUCAGAAGAAAUGGCAUUUAUGGAAUUCCGCAUAUGGAAACAAGGCAGAGUUAACAUUGAAUCUCUGACACUGAAAAUAAAAUCAUCUGUUCGGCAUGCUUUAUGGGAUCUACUAACAGAGUAUCACCUGCUUACAGCACCAUUUACAGUUCCUCUGACUUCUGCUGUGAACCUGAAGACAGUAUCUACUGUUGAAAGACAAUCAUCUCUUCCUGAUGAAGAUGCUGUUGCUGAAGAAAUGUCAACCAAAAUGCCCAUGCAGGAAGAUGACACAGCUGUAGCUGGGGACCUUUUAAAUGAGUAUGAAUCUGGAGAAAGUGGAAUUCUGCAUAAGAUGUAUGCCAGUGUAAUUAAUGAGUGGCUUGAAUUUGCUGUUCAGAUAGGAGUUCCAGCUGUGAAAAGGUUCUGUGUUACCCUAACAUCAAGGCAUUCACUGUCUGUGACAGUUAAGGAGCUUAAGAAUCUUGUUGUCUUGAAUGCACAAGACACAACUGCACUCGUGUUUAACAGAGUAACAAAUGAACAUCAGCUUGAGGAGGAGGAAGAUGUAUUUGUACCUGUGAGUGUGUCUGAUAGUGACAUACAUGAUCAGCCAAGGACUGAUUCCAAAAGCCUUAUCGUAGGCAGAAACCUAGCACAGUGGAAGGCAUGCCUAACAGAUGAUGGAGUUUUUGACAAUGAUGUCCUAGAUCCAAAAGCCCAGAAAGGAUUUCAAAAGUUUCCACCCCUUCUUGAGUUAGUGGGAGAGAACACAUGUUUUGUGCCACGUCAGAGGUUUCUUUUUGCUGUUUUAAAUGAGUUGCAGAUGAUUGUGUACACAUAUAACUGGUCAAAAGAUAGAGUGGAAAAUUUGAAUAAACAGGUUCAUCUCUUGGGACAGUGGCUAAGUGCACGUUCAGGUCUGCUCACGUGCCUGACAGCACAAAAACUUGGACUGUUUCACAACCAGGAAGUUGCUCGAAAACGGCAUACAGGUCUUCAUCCUCAGAGCAUGAAUAUCUACAUGUCGCACAUGACAGAAGUGGAGCAACUAAUAAAAUUUUCACCAACUUCAGCACUGCUGAAAGAUUUACCUUCUCGGCGUCAGAUGUCGAGCACGCAUUCCCUCAAUGCAGUAACUCGAAAUGUUUUUCGUGACAGUAAAGUCAAUCGACAACCCUUUAAAAAUUCGUCAACCUCUGAUCCAGUUUUCCAUAUCAUUCAGCAAAUGAUGGAAGCACGGAAUAUGGACAAGAGAGAAGACCAGAAGAAGCUGUAUAUAAUGUGGCAAACGCGCGGUGCUACUCCAAACAUACCACUGGAUGAGGAUAUUAUUGAUGUCUUUAAAAGUCAUUCAAGAGUAAUUCAUUAUUGUCUAACUCCAUUGCUGUUUUUACCAAGAUGGCGUAUCCAAGCAGCUGCCACACGCGACCACUUACUCAGUCUCUCAACCUCAGGGACUUCACCUGUCCUUAAUGUUGAAGACUCACCUGACCACUCACAGAAGAAUAACAGUCCUGCUAGCACAGCAAAAGAUACUGAAGAUAGUUCAAGCAUUUGCUCUGAAACAUCUUCACGUCGUUCGGUAGAAGAAAAAUGGCACAGUACUUUAUGUGCCAAUUUUGUUCUUGAAUAUAAACAAUAUCUCCAAACACUUGGAUUCAUUACAAUACAGACAAAGCCUGCUGCUGUAAAGAAAAGUCAUAAGCGAUCACAGAAAAAGAAAGAUGAUGAUGAUGGGAAGAAGAGUUUACAGAAUCUUUCCCCCACAGAACUUGUAGAGAGAGGUGUGUGGUAUCUUCAGAAGUCACUUCUUGGCGGAAUUCUUCUGUUUGAAAUCUCAUUUUGUGAGCCAUUUUUGCUUGCAAAGCUGCAUGCCCUAGAAUGCUCUCGCCUUCAGUCAAAGACAUCUAGUGCUCUAAUAUCUCAGUUUACACUUAGCUUCCUGGAUGAAUGUGAUAAAAUCAAGAUCCUGAUGCAUUUGCAUUCAUUCACAUAUGAUUACCAUUUGAGAAGCAUUGCUGGCUAUGUAUCAGGUCGCCAAGCGCUUCUUCGUCAGGGUUAUCAUUUAACCCAUUUUCUGGAAGAUUUUAUGAAGUACUACUCCAAAGCUCCCAAUUUUGCAAGAAACCUUGUAUAUGCAGAUGUACUGGAUGUGGAAGACCUGACAACACCAGCCCGUCAACUUUUCAACUACCUUUUGAGUCAUGAGAAGCAGUAUCGGAUGGAAGUUUUUCGAAUGGAUAAUGAAUAUGUUCUUGUUCAACUUGAAAAUACACCUCAUAUCACAUAUAAAGAUGCUCAUGAUGUGAAACGUACAGAUGAUUUUGAUAUCACCUUGAUUGUAUCUCAUAAUUCAUUUUUAUAUGAUCAAGCUGAGAAGUCCAUUGAAGAGUCAACAUUACGGCUGAAAUAUUACAUUAUUUUAACAAGUCGCAGGGAACUGUACCCGAAGCUAGAAAUUGAAAGGAAACUUGGAAAGUUCUGCACAGUUUCAACUGCUACACAUGAACAACCACAGCAGCCUUUGCCUGAUGACCAGUGCAGCGAUAAGAAUGCUUCUGACAGUGAAACUGUUCACAGCGGGCUUGAAUCAUCAACAAGUUCAGAACAUACAAAGGACAUCAGUGUCCCAACACAAACACAGAUAAGACAAGAAUCUGUGAACUACUUGGGCUACUAUUCGUCACACGAACAGUUGAUGCAGCAGCUUAUUUUGGAACAAGCAUCCACUUCAUGUAAUCGCAUAAAGAGCAUGGUAGCAAAAGGAAUGGUUGAUUGCAGAACUCAUUUGUUAUGGGAUAAACUUCAGUGUUCUCCAAAAGACACCAAGGAACUAAGAUAUAGUGAGUUCUGUGAAUUAUGUGAAUUGGCUGUUACUGAACCACUUAGUCAUCUCGACCCUCGUCUUGGUCCACUGUUAUGUCAGCCCAUAACAUGGUAUGAAAACUUAGCAAGAACCCUGCUGUACAAGUAUUCUGAACAUAGCCGCCAUUUUGAAGCACCAGAUGGAAGCACACAACAUAUUGUGAUCCUGCACCCACGAUAUCUUGAAGCAUUCAUGAUGCUUUCCAUUGACUUCCUAACCUCGAGAGGUAAUCUGUGCAUAGUGUAUCGGAAACCACAAGAAGGGGGACAUGCUGCAAAUCAGUUGGAAUUUUGUCAAGAUGACAUCAGGUCAUUAGUUGAAGGAUUUGUGAAUGCUUGCUGCUUCCGUCUUUGGAUUGGAUUAUUAUAGAAUGUGUUACAGAUGAUAAAGGCAGCAUGGCAUUACACUUCUAAGAAUGUUGUUCACUGUUAAUAAUUGCUGUUUAGUUUUUUUAAUGCCAUGACAUUUUGUAUGAAAUGAUAUAUUUUGAUAUUGAAAAUGGCAUGCAACUUUAUUUUUAAUGUUGUACAUAAAAUCAUAUUUUUGCUAGCACUAUGUUUAUAAAAAGUCAUAACUCAUUAAAAGAGCUAUUAUUGGGAAUAGCUACCAGAAAUUAUAUUUUAAAUGUGCUAGUUACCACUAAGUUCAGUGUUUCAAGUUUUCUACCAUACACAGAUCUGCAUACAACAUUUUUGCUAUGCUGCAAAAAGCAUGAAAGGAAGCAGGAAAUGGGUAUUGUUUGUUUCUGUGCUAGAGGGUACACUAAAUAAAUUUAGACAUAACAACCAAAAUUUCAUCCUCAAUAAACAAAAUGUAUUGUAUACAGACUUCGUAACCCAUUAACUUAGUGCUAAUGCAAAGAAAUGAAGGCAAAUGAAUUUGUUCUGAGGUGUGUAGAAUAUUAAAGUCAGUGUAAGAGGGAAAGGGGGAACUGCUGUAAUAAUACCACAGACACUGCCAAAAACUAUGAAUUUUGUUGAUAAUAUGUUGAAAUUUUUUUCUUUAGUAUUAUUUUUUGAAAAUUUUUAUGGAAUUUGUUCAUGUUAUUGUGCCUUAUUUCUCAGUUACUGCACAGAAAUGAAGGCAAAUUAAUUAGUUGUAAAAUUUGUAUGUAAUGAAAGUCAGUGCAGGAGAAGAUAUAUAUUUUCAAAAAUGUAUAAUUUUUGUCAACAGUUUUGGUCUGCUAAUAUUUUGUUCUUUUUAAAACAAUUUUUGUGGAUUUUUAAUUGUUUUUGCACUUUAUCUAUCAUUAAUUCUCCUUCUUUGUUUUUAAAAGUUUCUCAGUCAUAGCCAUUUGGGCUUGACAAUGUUGUAGAUGUGACUAUUAUUUCACAAAGAGAUUGUACUGAUAUACUUUGUUUUAUUACUAUAUACUGAGAGAGAGAAUUUGUGUCUUCAUUCGUAAUUUAACUACAGAAAUGUCUGCUUUCGACAAGAAAGAUAACAUUCAUACAGACUGUUGGCUCAAGUUUUAAUUUAAUGUGGGUACAUGUUAAUUGCACUGAUUAAUAGAGAAAGUUUGUAAACAAGGAUGUAUACAUUUCUCACUGAAAAAAGCACAAUUUGAAAUUUAAGAUCAACAAGAUCUUGGGUAUACAUGAUAUUGCCUAUAGAAUAGACAUACAUAAUUAUGUGAAGGUGGCAAUUCAAUGGAGCUGCUCUUUAACUAAACAAGCAAUGUGCCAAGCUAGAGAAUAAGGAAAAAAAUAGAGAGAUGGUAGUUUCAUUUCCGCUGCAAAUGCCAAAGGUAAUUGUCUGUCUUUUUUGGUUGUUAUUACUAUUAUCAUUAUUGUUAUUUCAGAGAUUUUAUUUUAUGUUACUAGUUUUUAGAGUAUCUUAAAAUAUGAUGUUAUUGUACAUGAAAUAGACAUUUUUAUAUCCUUAUAGUGAAUUAAACUUAUACAUGAAGAGACAAGUCUCUUUGUUAGUAACAGCACAUUUAUAAAUAUUUUGUAUGGACAUCCGUCCAUCUCAUACGAGGUGGGGGAUGGUGGGUUUAAGGUAAAUGAGAGGUAUAGCGCAAUGAUGGAAAAUCAGUUCUAGAAGUGUAUGAGAUUCCUGUAACGAAUGAAAACUCUGCACUCCAGAUUCCAGUGUGACUGGAAGGGAGGGGGGUUAGAGUAGGCAAGUGCUUGCUCUUUGCUCUCUGCAGCCCCCUCCCCCCACCUUUGCAGAUGCCUAUGACUGUAUCCAUUUUCUGUAGAUUUUUGACAAGCAGCAUUUAACAAUUUUGCCUCUGCUUGAUGUGCUUUGUGUCCAUUUCAUUUACAAUAAUACUACAUAUAAGCUACAGUCGUUAUGUUUGUGUUUUUGUUCAUAAUAUUUAUUGUAAUGCACAAAAUUGUAUGCCUAUCUCUGUUCAAUCUUACUGCUGUUAUUUAAUGCUUCUAAAAGUGGUGAUACUUUUUUUCCACUUUCUACUCAGGAAUUCAAAACUACGUUUCUUACUAAUGUUUUAUCAUUAUUGUUUAUUGUUAUACUGAACAACCCAUGUAAUAACUACCCUGAUGAAUUGCACAAAAAGGUUGUUUCCUUUUUGACAUUCUUUAAAUGAAAGGAGGACUGAUAAUCUCUGCAUAAAUUAUCUCCUCCUGCAUCAAGAUUGUGCAGGAAAUUGUUCACUCUAGUAAAUUAUUUUAUACGAACACAGUAUGAUUGCCUGUCAAUAUUGUUACAGCUGAAAUUAAGUGCUCAUCUGGUAUGUGGAGACUUCGCAAUCCAUGAAUAGAUUUAUUAAGUGGAUGUGAUACUUGUACUUUAUGUACUCAUCACUGUGUACUGUAAGGCUUACAAAGUACAGAUGUAGCAUAAAAAAACCGGUUGUAAAUGACAACUGUUAACUGAAAGCCAUGUAGAUUCAUUGACCAGUAGAGUGCUUGUUUUUAUAAGUUUAUCUUAAUUUUAUUUUUUUAUUUUCAGAUACUGUAAAGUACACUAUUUUAAUAUGACUGUUACUAUGUAAUUUCAUUAAUUUUAUAAGCCAGUGUGAUGAUUUUAUUUUGAGAAUGCUUAUUUAUGAACUCCAGUAACUGCAAAUUAAGUGGAGUCUAUACAGCUCUCUGCUGCCAACCAGAGAGAAAGUGGUGAUUGUUGCAGCUGUACUUUCAGCUACAUUCCUUGUAUAUUCUACAGUUUACAAUUGCAUACAUAGCUUAUAAUUGUGGUAGCCCUAUCUCUCUCUCUCUCUCUCUCUCUCUCUCUCUCUCUCUGUCUGUCUGUGUGUGUGUGUGUGUGUGUGUGUGUGUGUGUGUGUGUGUGUGUGUGUGUGUCCAGGGGAGCAUGGUGUUUCUAGAAUUUCUGUGAAGUUUUUCUGAGAAUACACAGAAUGGAUACCUAUUAAAGAGAAAUUUGAUCUCAACUGUAAAUAUUAUUUGUGCACUGUAAAAUCUCCAUUAAUAAAGAAGUUCAGUGAGAAAAAUAAUGUGAUAGUGAGAUGAUACAGUGUGGGGAACUAUGUGUAAAUGUAGGAUAUCUCCAGUGUUUUCAGUUACUGUAAUAAAAUAUACAUAUUGAAGUACAAA